AUGUCAGUUAUAUUGGUGUCAGCAGGUUAUGACCAUACAAUACGUUUCUGGGAAGCAUUAACUGGCGUCUGUUCAAGAACAAUACAACAUUCAGAUUCUCAAGUAAAUAGGCUAACGAUCACCAAUGAUAAAAAAUUAUUAGCUGCGGCUGGUCAUCAAAACGUUAAAUUAUACGAUAUAAAUACAACUAAUCCAAACCCUGUGGCGUCUUUCGAAGGUCACAGAGGUAAUGUCACCUCUUUGUCUUUCCAAAAUGAUAAUAGAUGGAUGGUAACCUCAUCUGAAGACGGUACCAUAAAAGUGUGGGAUGUAAGAUCCCCUUCAGUCCCAAGAACAUAUAAACAUAACGCUCCCGUUAACGAAGUAGCAAUACAUCCAAAUCAAGGGGAACUGAUUUCUUGCGAUAGAGAUGGUAAUAUUAGAAUUUGGGAUCUGGGUGAAAACCAAUGUACUCAUCAAUUAACUCCAGAAGAUGAUACUCCUGUACAGUCUUUAUCUCUGGCAACAGAUGGUUCAAUGCUUGUAGCCGCAAAUAGUAAAGGUAAUUGUUACGUUUGGGAAAUGCCAAAUAGAACAGACGCCUCAAAUUUAAAGCCAGUAACGAAAUUUAGGGCUCAUGAUGCAUAUAUUACACGGAUUUUACUUUCUUCAGAUGUAAAAUUUUUGGCAACCUGUUCAGCAGAUCACACAGCAAGGAUUUGGUCAAUUGAUGAUAAUUUCAACCUUCACACAACUUUAGAUGGCCAUCAACGUUGGGUAUGGGACUGUGCAUUCUCUGCUGAUUCCGCAUAUUUGAUCACAGCAUCUUCAGAUCACUAUGUUAGACUAUGGGACUUAUCAACACGAGAAAUUGUAAGACAAUAUUCUGGACAUCAUAAAGGUGCUGUAUGUGUAGCACUGAAUGAUGUUUAA